AUGUCUACUGCGAUUGGGAUCGAUUUAGGGACCACCUAUUCAUGUGUGGCAGUAUUUCAACAUGGAAAAGUUGAGAUAAUUGCAAAUGAUCAAGGUAAUCGAACUACGCCAAGUUAUGUCGCGUUUACCGACUGUGAACGAUUGACGGGAGACGCAGCUAAAAACCAGGCCUCCUUGAACCCGGAAAAUACCGUAUUCGACGCAAAGCGAUUAAUUGGCCGAAAAUUCACUGACCAAUCCGUCCAGAGUGACAUGAAGCAUUGGCCGUUUAAAGUUGUGAACAGCCCUGGCGACAAACCACAAAUUCAGGUCGAGUUCAAAGGAAACCAAAAACUUUUCUCUCCCGAAGAGAUCAGUUCGAUGGUGCUGGGCAAGAUGAAAGAAACAGCAGAGUCUUAUCUCGGUAAAAAGAUUACAGAUGCUGUGGUCACAGUUCCCGCUUAUUUUAACGAUUCCCAAAGACAAGCCACUAAAGACGCGGCUUCAAUUGCAGGCCUCAAUGUACUGCGAAUUGUCAACGAACCCACAGCGGCAGCUCUUGCUUACGGACUUGACAAGAAUCUUUCGAAAGUGAAGAAUAUCCUCAUCUUUGAUUUGGGUGGAGGUACAUUCGACGUUUCUAUCUUGACCAUCGACGAAGGUUCUCUGUUUGAGGUGAAGGCUACGGCCGGAGACACGCAUUUAGGGGGCGAGGAUUUCGACAAUAGAAUAGUCGACUAUUUUGUGCAGGAAUUUCAACGAAAGUAUCACAAGAACCUCAAGGACAACCCGCGUUCAAUCCGACGCUUACGCACCGCCUGUGAACGUACCAAACGAACCCUGUCGAGCAGCACGGAAGCAAGCCUCGAGAUCGAAUCCCUUUAUCAGGGUAUUGAUUUUUACUCGAAAAUCACCCGGGCACGUUUCGAAGAUCUUUGCAGCGACCUAUUCCGGACAACUCUUGAACCGGUGGAAAAAGCAUUAAAUGACGCCAAAAUUGACAAAUCCAGUAUCCAUGAGAUUGUUUUAGUCGGCGGUUCUACAAGAAUCCCGAAGAUCCAGAAAAUGCUCCAGGAAUUUAUGAAUGAAAAGUCACUUAAUAAAUCUAUAAACCCCGACGAAGCGGUUGCAUAUGGAGCCGCUAUCCAGGCAGCCGUCCUUAGUGGAGAUACAAGCAGUUCGAUUAAAGAUGUCCUAUUGGUUGAUGUGACUCCGUUGUCUUUAGGAAUAGAGACCGCCGGUGGAGUAAUGUCUAAAAUUAUCGAACGCAACACCCGCAUCCCAAAUAAGACCUCCCAGCCUUUUACUACUUACUCGGACAACCAAUCAGCUGUGUGUGUCCAGGUGUAUGAGGGGGAGAGAGCAAUGACCAAAGAUAACAAUUGCCUCGGUAGAUUUGAACUGACCGGCAUUCCUUUAGCGCCGAGAGGAAUGCCAAAAAUUGAUGUUACAUUCGAUCUGGAUGCCAACGGCAUUCUAAGCGUAUCGGCCGAAGAAAAGAGCACGGGCAAAGCAAAUAAGAUCACAAUCACCAACAACAAGGGACGCUUGAGUAAAGAAGAAAUCGAUCGAAUGAUGGCCGAAGCUGAGCAAUAUCGCGAAGAUGAUCAAAGACAACGCGAACGAAUCGAAAGCAGAAACCACUUGGAGAAUUAUUUGUUCAGUGUAAGACAAGCCGCGACUGAGUGCAGCGACAAACUCUCUGAAGAUGAGAAAAAGACGAUAAUGGAUAAAACAGACGAGACGCUGUUGUGGCUUGAAAACAACAAUUUGGCUGAAAAGGACGAAUUCGAUCAUAAACUACAAGAAGCUCAAAAAGAAUUUUCUCCCUUCAUGACGAAAUUACACAGUUCUUAA